AUGCAUUUUUACGAUAGUUCACAGAUCCCAUUGUCUACUAAUAAACGCAUUAUUAUCCCACAAGAUAUUGGAAACCUUGCCAAGAAUAACGGAAUUUGUGUUGAAUGUAAAAAUCCAAACACAGGUUUUACAUGGUGUAAUAAUUGUGAUGCCAAAACUGCAGAAGAGAAGCUUGUUUCAAGUGGAAAUGAUAUCAUUGAUAAUUUUAUAAAAAAUCAUGUGAAAAAGGCCAAUGACUAUGAAGAGUAUUGGGAAUGGAUUCCGUCUGAGCGCAUUGAAGAUAUUGGAAUCAUAAAUAAUAUAUUUAUGGGUACAUGGUUAGCUGGAGAAAAAAUUUUAAUUGAUCAAAAUGAUGCGUUCACAAAAGCUCGGACAGGUCCCACUAAAGCAAAGGAAAAUUACAAUCGUCGUUCUCAAGAUCCCUCAUUUCCAAAAAUUUAUGGACUGUCAUUUUUACCAGUCUUUCAAAAAUAUGCAUAUGUGAUUGAAUACAAUCGAAACCUUGAUAUUUCUAAAAUUACUGUUGAUUAUUUUUGUAGAAUAGUUCCUGGAUCAGAAAAUUAUUUUCCUAGAACUUGCAUGAUUUCUCUUCCUAACUUUAAAAGACUUAUUGAUUUACAAGUUGAAACUCAAAAUGAAUUGAUCAAACAUAACUCAAGAUUCGGUUCAUCCUCUAAUGGACCUCUAAUAAAACAAAUAAAAGAAAUGGCAUUCAAAGAUCUUUUAAGAGUUGUGGAAUAUUCAAAUUUGGACUCUGCACCGAUAUUAACAGUUUAUUUGAAAAAAUUUAUUGAUUGGGAUCAUAAAAUAAACAAGAAUCUACGAGAGCUGCAAAUCCAAUCACAAGCCUCUUUAUCAAUGCUUUAUAUAAGAUACUCAUUAACAAAAUUAGAAGAUAUGAGGGAUGAAACAUUGACGCCACGUCACCUAAAAGUUAUAGAUAGAAUUUUUCGUCGACUUAUAGUUGCUACUGAUAACCAUCUUAAAAAAUUGAUUACAUCAACUAAUGAUAUUUUACUUGGAGUAUUGAAUUCGCAAGCUAUUCAAUCAGAAAUUGCUAACAUUGUUGAAAAAGAAAAGGAUAUAAUUGUAAAAGAUCACAACAAGGUGAUUUCCGAAUUGUGGUCAAUUUUUGAUGGUCAAAUCAAUACAAUUAUUUUUGACAGAAACUUGAAACUUCUUGAAGAAUUUGACGAUAGAAAAAAAUUGAUGGUUGAUUCAAUCAUGAACAUUAAACAUCAGUUAAAGUUAUUUGAAACGCAAUUAAACGUUUUAAGCAGUGGAAUAGACAAGCCACUCCUCGUAGAUAUUCCAUUUGAAUUGCAUUUGGCAAGUAUGAAAAAUGCAUUGUUACUAUUAAGUAAUUGGAAAAAGUGA